UUUGCUUUCAGGUUGCCGUGGUUGCGACUGCGCAUGUAUGUUGGCAACUGUCGCGAGUCUAGACGCUCCGAUGUGGAAUAACAUGAUGUGUGACGUCAUGCCCACCAUAUCAGAAGACAGCCUGUCGCAGCGCUCGUCUCAGUAUGGUGGGAGUAGUGACGAGAAUUUUGAGCAGCUGAUGAUCAACAUGCUGGACGAGCGAGACAAGCUGACCGAGACACUUCGCGCAGACGCAGGAGCAGGCUGCAGAGGUGCAGCAGAAAGCUAGCCGAGACGGCAGCGCGGAGCGAGAACAAGCCUCAUGAGAAGCUGCAGUCCCAAUACUACGG